GUCCGAGCAGCAGACGACAAACGCAAGAGGAGGAAGCUCUAUCAACGGUGAUCCUUGUGCCUCGUUCCAUAAAACAAGCUUACUCAAGCGCGUCACCUGCUUACUUUUGCAACCUCUCUCUUUCUGAGCUUGCCCUAUGUGCACGCCUACACAAUCCCAAGCGAUCCACCGCCUAAGCGUCAUCAGUUCACAGCUCGCCGCCGUCCCAUCCUCGACCAGUACGUCUACGGUCGCGACCGAUAGAACAUCAUCCAACCCAUCGGGCAAGCCGCCUGCAAACAUGUCGCAACGCCCGCCCAUCACCUGUCACGUCCUCGACACAACGACGGGCCGCCCCGCCGCUUCGAUUCCGGUGUCGCUCACGCUCAUCUCUCCCUACGGCCCAAGCACGCCUCUAUCCGCGACGACCAACAGCGACGGGCGCGUCACCGAGUGGUCGGCGCCGGUGGGUGACAGCACCACACUGGAGGAGAUAUUCAAGAACAGCCGGGCACACGAGGAGAGCGGGGAAGAGGCCGAGAUGGUGUGGGCACUGCGUUUCGAGACGAAGGCGUUCUGGGACCAGCGUGGCAUCAAAAGCUUCUUUCCCGAGGUUGAGGUCAGGUUCAUGGUGAGGGGUCGCGAGGAGCACUAUCACGUCCCGCUGCUGCUGGGACCGUUCAACUACACGACGUACCGGGGAUCGUAACUACUCGUAGGGGGAGGAAGGCGAGGGGGGAGUGGGUGAUUAACUACUGCUCGAGUGCAUGAGAUAGGCGUGAAUGCAUUGCGUCAAUAAUGUGGUACGGCAUGCAGAGGCGGUGGCACCAAGCACGCAUGCAUUUCUUACCCGAUCGAGAAAUGGCGAUGCUCCAAGCUGAUGAUCGGUGACACGGGUCGCGCGCCUGCCUGAUACGCAAAGAUUUGUGGACUUGCCCAGCGCGCUGGAAAGCGGGC